GGUAACAGUAGCGCCAGACUAAACGUCGUGAGCAAUAUUGCAUUUCACACGCUAUCAUAUAUUUUGCUAACAUCCGGGUUCUUGAAUGCAGAGAAUGUCGCAGUUAUUGUUUGACGCCCUAUCUGGGGGGAUGGCUACCAUAGACUCACCCACUGUGCUAACAGUGCAGUCCCUACUGGAUUCUCAAAACAUACUUACUUCACCUGACUCAGGUAUGACUAUUGCCCCUGAUGAUGAAGAUGUUUUUCAGUGUGGUCGUUGUAAGAAACAGUUCAGUUCACUAUCUCAGUUUAUGAGUCACAAAAAGGAACAUUGCUCUGUAGGCAGCAGCAAUAAUGCCACAACAAUCGUAUCCCAAAAUUCCUGUCUUUCUCAAUCAGCACAAACACCAGGAAGCUUAAGUCGCCAACUAAACCAAAUGCAGAUCCCAGGAUCUCCAGGCCUGGCAGCUAUCACAUCUGGAGUUGUCUUGAAUGAAGCAGAUUUACUGUCUUUUACCUCAGCCAUAGAACAAGGAGUUGGUACAGCUUCUACAACACUAACAGCUACUAACACUUCAACACAGAAUUCUUUCUUGUCCCAAUUUGUUUCUUCGGCCAGGAAUGUUAUGUAUGACCAUCAUGUUGUUAGUUCAGAGACUCAAAUUCAGCAGGAUAAUGGAACAGUUCAGACACAGGGACAAGCAGUAGGAUUAUCAUUGCUAACUAAUACACUAGUACCAACUCGAUUGAUUGUAACAAGUCAGUCCAAUUCCACAUAUACCGCAUACUCACCAAAUAUGAUUAUGGGAAAUAUACAAGCUGAUAAAUCAUUAAACAUAGGAACAUCUGGAGAUUCAAAGCAUACAUUCUCUCCCAGAAAAAUUGCUCCAAAUACUACAUCACUUUUAACAGAAGUAACAGAUGUAACAAGUAGUUGCUUGCAGAAAGAUGGCCAGGAAAAAGAUGAAUUAGGACAGAGGACUAGUGGACCGGUGCAUAUUGUUCCAGAUUUAAAGGGUUCUGUUGUUCGUUCUCGAAAAAGAGGAGGAGGUGUCAAUUGCUCAAAUUCAGAAUCAGGGAAUAAACAGUCAAGAAAAUUAAGAUGUCCUUAUUGUUCAAAAGAGUUUACCAAAAAUUUUGACAUGCAACAGCACAUUCGAUGUCAUACAGGUGUUAAGCCUUUCCAGUGUAUUGUAUGUGGUAGAGCUUUUGCUCAGAAGUCUAAUGUGAAAAAACACAUGCAGACACACAAGGUGUGGCCUGAUGGCCUUGCUCACACAUUGCCUCAACAGCCACUAGGGGAGAACAGUUCUUCAAAUAUUGAGAUUGAUACAAAAAGUGAUGGAGCAGAAACUGACAAAAGUGAUUCUGAGAAAUCUCAAGCAAUUGACAACAGAUAUGUCUGUUCCUACUGUAGUUUUAGUAGUAAAACAUAUUACGAAUUAAAAAGUCAUAUGACCCAGCACAAGGAGGAAAAGGUGUACAAAUGUAUAUUAAAAUCAUGCAACAUGACAUUUCAAGACUUGGAAGCUUUUGUUGAACACACACGAAUGCAUGAAAAUGAACUGACAUAUCGAUGCCACUUAUGCAACAAACAUUUUCAAUCACUGUAUGAUCUUGGAGUACAUCAGUAUUCCCAUAGCCUGUAUCCAAACCAAGGACCUCGUGUUACAUCUCGGUAUUUCCGCUGCACAUUGUGUUUGAACAAAUAUGCCACUCCUGCAGCUUUAGAACAUCACAUGGCAACUUCUUCUCACAAAUAUAGCUGCCAUUACUGUAACAAGGUCUUCCCUUGUGAGCGGUACCUAAGACGACAUCUGCUUACUCAUAGUAGUAAUGACAUGCAUGUGUGUUCAGUGUGUAACAAGGGAUUCAAAACGGAGUAUUAUCUCAGGGUCCAUUCUCUUAUCCAUACUGGAGAAAAGCCUUUUCAAUGUCAUUGUGGAGCGUCAUUUAACAGAAAGGAUAGACUCAAGAGACACAAACUUAUUCAUGAAGCUGUAAAAAAAUAUAAAUGCCCAUUUCGCAUGGUUGCAGGUUGUCCACGAGAGUUUAAUAGGCCUGAUAAAUUAAAAGCUCAUAUUUUAACUCACAGUGGAAUUAAACCAUACACAUGUAAAGUCUGUGAACGUGGAUUUCGACGGAAGGCAACCCUCAUAGAUCAUGAACGUCUUCAUCAAGAAGGACAGGCAUCUCCAUAUUUCUGUAAUCAGUGUGAGAAAGGUUUUGCUCAAGAAACUGAACUUCAAAGUCACAAAUGUCCAGGACAGCCAGCAUCAAAAGGUAAGAACCAAAAACUUUCAAAACAAGCAAAUUAUAGAAGAUUACGAUCAAAUCGUAGAAGAAGAGGAUCUUUGGACAAAAGUGCAAGUUCUAUAGAAACUAGAAGGCAGGAAAGGACUAGUAAAUCUCUGAUGGAAAAUCAGUCAUCAGCACAAGAUGCUGAAGAAUUACCCAACACAGAUGAUGGUGAUGACAUUCCAACUGCUCAUAUUGAAAUUAUUACAACUGGGGACUUUGGUGUCAGUGCAUCAACUGGUUAUUCACAGCUGUCACUUUAUCCUGUACAGAUUUCCUCGAAUCUAACACUUCAGCCUGUGGUAACGUAUCCUUCCUCUUCAGAAAGUAACAUUCAGGCUCAGGAGUCUCCAGUGAAUACUUUAUCAGAUGCAUCACAGAAAACAAACUCUACCCUUCCUGUAAGUUAUUUAGAAACCAAAGUUGUUGGAGAUCAGGGAGCCCCUCAUAUUAUAGGGUGUUUUACAUUACCUUUAGAAGAUCAGCAUCACGAACUUCAUAAAAACUGCUGAUGGGACCAGAUCUUUGAUUCACUUACCACAUUAGAACUGUCAUAUUUUAUAUUCUUUACAAAGUAAAUGUUCAUUUAUUGAAACAGCUUAAUUAAUUUUCUCAUGGGCGUUUGCAGUAAAAGUUCAAAACUUAGAACUCACAAAAAGACAAAUUUAACUAAAGUUUCUUGUUAUUGUAUAGUUAGGCUUGUUAUGCUGAGACUGUAAUAAAAAAUAAUUUCUUUGCAAGUUUAGCAUGAUAUGUACAUAGUUGUUUUUAAAAAAAGGAAAAAAAAAUGUCAUGAAAAGUAACGUGGCCAUUAUUACAAUUAUCAUUAGUAAAUCAGGAUAUCAUAAUUACUUCUAGUGAGCUUAUUGUAAAAAGUAGAACUUGUUAUUUGAUAUGGUAAUGAUACUGUUUGUAAAAUAACAUCCUUUCUUGCACCAUGUUUUUCCUGAAGUUAUUUUCAUUACAACCAAGUUAUUAUUCCUGCAUAAUAAAACUUUCACAAUGAAUGAAUGAAUAUAAAAGUCUGUAUUUAAACAAAAUUCAUUCUGACACUUAAAGGCAAAUAUUGUUUUAUUGGAUAACAUUCUCCACCACUGUCCUAGUUCUUAUGUAGUGAAAGAAUAUAUAGGUGUGUUGUAAAACAUUACAACAAAGCCACUUUCACACCUAAAAGCAUAUAAAGUCCUAUGGUUUAGAAUAAUUUAUUAAUCAACUAACAGGUCUGAUUAAACCUGAUGUUGCACAAACUGUAGUUUUUAGCUUCUAAAGAUUUUUUUAUUUGAUAAGAACAAAUAUGUUCUCAUAUUACAACUCACACUAAAUGAAGAAAACCUGAUUGUUAGAUUUAACUGGAACUAAUAAAGAAGGGAGGAAUACAUUUUCAUA